AUGCCAAGAAAAAGACUUGGCGUGGCUGGCGAAAUAGAUUGUCAUUUAUCAAACAGGAUUCUCACCGUGUUUAUGCCCGAUUCACCUAUUCCGCUUGACUCAAACACCAAGCCUCGGACUAGAUUUAACGGAAAAAAGACUGGAAACUGGAAAUCGGAAUUAUUGUGUGGUACUUGGAACGUAAGAACCUUGUACAAAGAAGGACCGACUGUAAAUUUAGUAAGAGAGGUUGAAAAAUACAAGAUGAAGUGUGUGGCACUUCAAGAGGUCAGAUGGCAAGAUGCCGGUACAACAAAGUUGUCUCAAACAACUAUUUUUAAUGGAAAAUGCGAACAUGCUCACAGACGGGGAACGGGAUUUGCGGUACAUGUAGCAAUCAUUCAUACAGUAAAAGAAUUUAGAGAUGUUAGCCCAAGAAUAUCUACGUUAACGCUAACAACAGAAAAUUUUGAUUUGGUUCUAAUUAAUGUACAUGCUCCUACCGAAGAUGAAGAUGAAAUAGAAAAAGAGCUCUUUUACGCAACACUGGAAGAUGUGUUUAAUACUUCGAUGGGUCAGGUCAGGCUGAUACUGGGAGAUUUUAACGGAAAAAUAGGAAUGGAGCCAUGUUAUAGAAACACCGUCGGAAAUCAUAGCUUGCAUGCAACUUCAAAUGACAAUGGAUCAAAACUUAUUUAUUUUGCUGUGGGAAAAGGGCUGGUGAUCAAAAGUACAUGUUCCCAAAGAAGAACAUAUACAAGUAUACUUGGAUCUCCCCAGAUGGAAAAUAUAAGAACCAGAUAG